AUGUCCUUCAGCAUAGAUUCGGAACUAUUACUACAGAAAUACGCUUGUGGAUAUUCUGCUACUGUUUCCGAUGACCAAUCUUUGGUCUGUUUGUGGAAUGUGCAUAACAAUAUUGAAAUAUACAGAACAAACGGCGGUUAUUUGAUAAAUAGACUCAAUGAUGAGAUACAGAAUCACAGACUGAUAGAUGUCGUAUGGCACGGUAAUGAUCUCUUUUGUUGUUAUAAUAGCGGCACGGUUUCUAUUUACAGAGAAGGACGCGAACUUGUGAAACAAUUGACGUUUAUACCCAAGGGCGCUAAGACAAAAUGUAUAUUAUGUGAUAAUUUGGUUCCUAGUGAUGACCGCUAUUCCUUAAGUGAUGGGAAUCUAUUGAACUCUAUGCCAAAAUUGAAUAAAUGGGACAUGAUUAAAAAUGAGCUCGACAAUGAGCUGAUCUUAAACAGUGAAUUAGGGAAGAAGAAACCCAUUGAUAUUUUUAUGGCAAUUGAUUCAAAAACCAACAAGUUGAUUUUGUCUAUCGAGGGUACCCUUAAUAUCAAAGUAGGUGAAAAGUUAAAACUUCCGAAAGAUAUCAAGAGGAUCAUCAAAGUGUCAUCAGGCAAAUAUAUGUGUCUUGGUAAAGAUUGGAGUUAUCAGGUGUUAGACCUAACAUUCCUACAAGAUCCGAAUAUUUACAAAUUGAUCAAGACAACACAGGAGUAUAGUGCCCUCCUCCGAUAUUUAAAACAGUUGCACAGACACCUGAGAAUGAAGCUAACGGAGCCUUACUUCGAGUUUGUUGAAACAUUGUUAAAGGAAGAACACAAGAACGCAUUACAAGAAUUGUUUUAUAUAGGAGUAACAAAGUUGGAAGUCAUGGAAGAAUUGCAUGAAGUUCAAUUGCAGACGUUCAGAUUAGAUAAAUGGAGUGCACUUUCUAAUGAUCUAUGUUCCAAUAGCAUCGGUCUAAUGGUAGCAUGUACGAUACCACUAUUAGAGAGAAUGAUAGUUUUAGCAGCUAGCAUUGAGGCAUUGUGUGAAGCUAUAACCUGGAUCAAAUUUCCUAACGAAAUCUGGGUCGGCAGUAAAUUACGAGAACGAACCGUCGAAACGCUGAAAUCAGUCAGAUCUCAAACCGACUCCAUAAUGAAGAACAAAAAAACUCAAGAAUUGGGAUUGAUGUGGAUACGGUCCCUGAGCGAUAGUCUUUCAAAGAUGGAAAGAAACAGGGAUCAAAUAUCCCCCCCUGAACCAGAAACGACCAACGGCAGUAAUAAUUUCUCAUUUUUCGGUUCUAGCACUGGAAUCACUGGCGAAGACUCCAAGACUCUCCAAAAGCGAGCAGACAUUAACACUGUGGAAAAAUUCCUUGCCAAGGAUCUACUACCAGAAAAGCAGUACGAAUGGGUCAAGACAAGCUUCCCUAACUUGAUUCUUGAAACACAGGCCGAGUUCGAUAAGAUAAUAAAAGACUAUACAUUGAAAUGGCUGAAAAGACAAAUGUCUGUCGAAUUUGACCAAACAAGAAACAUCCAAACUGGAGACAAUGUCGAUCAGAUCUGUGAUAUUCGAAUUCUACGCCAUGAAGAUUCUUCAAAACGGGCGUUAUUAGUAACACCUACUGAAUUGAUUCUAUUAAAUUUGCAGACACAGAAAAUUGAUGUCCGUUCACCACUUCCAUUGCCAUCGCAUAAGGUGGCAAUGACCCUUACAAGACACAACACUGAUCCAGCCGCUCUACCACUCAAAAAACAGCAGUACAAGAAUCCAAGACUUCAAUUGGUCCCUAUAUCUGCUGGACAGCCAUCUCUAUCUACUGCACCGGUCCAAAAUAUCACAGAAGAGGUUUUCUUUCUAUUGCCGUUAUGCCAAACAGUCACAGUUUUCAUUGAGACAGCCGUCGCUUCUAAUACAGACUCAAUUCUGAGCCCAGACGGUCGCUCUCAUUCCUUGGCCGUGGAUCAUCUUCCACAUUCCGCUGAUCUGACAGGAGAAUCACAUGACUUGCAUCGGCACACAAUUCGAAUAGUUUAG